UUUAACGGAAGUCAAAAUGGGUUUCUGGGUUAAUUUUGGAUUGAUUCUUGGGUUCAUAUUGAUCGUGUUGUUCUUGGUUGAUCUAAUCGACAAGCAAGGCCGACUGUUUCGUGCUAUGAGAAAGUUUCCCGGUCCUCCGGUGCGUCCAAUCAUUGGAAGUUUGGACGAGAUUAUGUUCUUGAAUCAAGCAACAACCUUCGAGUGGGCACGCCGCUGGGCAAAGCGCUAUCAAGCCUCGUACCGAUUCUGGCUGAACAGCUCAAUCUUCGUGCUGAACGUAAUCCGCGUUCGCGAAGCAGAGCCGCUUCUGUCCAGCACGAAGAACAUCAACAAGAGCCGAUUCUACCAGUUUCUGCACCCUCUGCUGGGGCUGGGACUGCUGAACAGCGGCGGGUCAAAGUGGUUGCACCGAAGACGCAUUUUGACGCCAACGUUCCACUUUAACAUUCUCAACGGCUUCCACCGGACGUUCGUCGAGGAGUGUGAGCUGCUGGUGGGCACGCUCGAUGAGCACGCUGUUUCGGGGCGGGCCACCACACUUCAGCCGGUGAUGUCGCGCUUCACGCUGAGUACGAUUUGCGAAACUUCCAUGGGCGUUAAGAUGGCUUCGAUGGCAGGGGCUGAUGAGUACCGCAAGAAGUUGUACGAAAUUGGCGAAAUACUUGUUCAUCGGUUGAUGCGACCCUGGCUGAUCAGUGACUUUGUCUGCAAGAUCACCGGUUACCAAGCCAUCUUGCGGAAGCUGUUGCUUCCGGUGCAUGCCUUCACGACUGGAAUCAUCAACCAGCGACGAGAGCUGUUUCAACGGAAUCCGGAAACCUUCGAUGAUCUGACAGCUGAAGAGAAUCUCUACACCAACACCAAGAAGCGUUACGCCAUGCUGGAUUCGCUGCUUCGAGCCGAACAAGACCAGCUGAUCGACGCCGACGGAGUUCGCGAAGAGGUCGACACGUUUACCUUCGAAGGGCACGACACUACGGCGUCGGCGCUGGUGUUCAUCUUCUUCCAGCUUGCCCGCGAACGCGCCGUUCAAGAACGCAUCUUCAACGAGAUCCACGCCCUGUACGAUCGGAAACCGCAAGCGGACAAGUCGUUCCGGCCGCAGGACUACGCCGAGCUAAAGUUUAUGGAUCGUGCGCUGAAGGAGUGCCUCCGGUUGUGGCCACCGGUUACGUUCAUUUCUCGGGCCAUCACGGAUGAUAUCGUACUGGCAGACGGAGCCUUGUUGCCAGCGGGUUGCGUAGCAAACGUGCACAUCUUCGACCUCCACCGAGAUCCGGAACAAUUUCCCGAUCCCGAGCGAUUCGACCCGGAUAGAUUUAAGCCGGAAAGCGUGGACAAGCGGAAUCCGUACGCUUACGUUCCGUUCAGCGCUGGACCGCGGAACUGCAUUGGGCAAAAGUACGCAAUGAUGGAGCUGAAGGUAGUCGUUGUGCAUACGCUGCUUCGGUUUCGGGUUCUGCCGGUUACGCGACUUGAGGAGAUUAACUUUGUGGCGGAUUUGGUGCUGAGGAGCACCAAUCCCAUCGAGGUGCGGUUUAAGAGGCGGUAGACGGACCUUGGAAAUCGAAUUCUACCUUGCUUACAUGAAGAAAAAAGUGUUCAAAAAAUCGUGAACAAGUGUUCAGAUUAGGAACCACGAACAAAGUGUAUUUUUUACGUACAAUGGAAUUUUGAACACUUUGUUCGUGGUUUUCAUUUUCUUGGACUUCCUCGGAAUCGUAAAUUGUGUUCAUGAAUUUGAGGACCACUAAGGAAUAUAUUCAAGUUUAUAGUGCAAAUGCACCAUACUCAUGAAUAAUUUCCUUCGUGGUUCUCAAAUUCAUCAACACAAUUCAUGAUUACGGGAAUUGAUUUUUUUCUGUGUAGAGGAGAGCCGGUAUCUCGUCAGCAUUUUGAUAGAAAUUAUAAUACGUUCAAGAAAGCUUUAGAAAUUAAACUAACAUUAAGAAGGUAUUUAGGAAACAUUUCUUAAAAAAAUGUUGUUUACAUUUUUGUGACAAGCCUCAAAGUUUAAAAAAAAAUCACUCUUACAAGCAACAAAACAACACCGUUUUGCACAAACACCAGCCCAGUGUCAGCUUAAGAAAAGCUUAAACUCCACCAUGCAUCGUUGCUUGGUUGCCGAGGGAAAAGCUAAGGAAAAC